AAAGUGCUGAGGGCCAAUUAGUAGCCCAAGUGUGUGAGCAUGUAGAGGAACCAGCAUGCGGAGGAAGCUUUAAAGCGCACGUUUAAAAAGCACUGACAGAAAGGCUACGCAUCGUAAUUAGUUCUUGAACGGGUCUUCAAUAUCUUGGAGAUGUUUCUGUUUCGGAAGCAGUAACAGAUCUAAUACGGGUGUGCUGAGAAACGUCUGGAGUUGAUAUUUAUCUAGUCACUCGGGAACGGACGGUCGCGCGUAUCUUGUUCGGUGUUAAACACUCCAGUCGUUUCUUCUUCUUUUCGUGGGAUUUAUUUCUGACUUUUGGUCGUAGUUGUUCCUGAGUGGAUUUCGCUCACCGAAGUGAGUGGACUCAGGUCUUGGCACUGAAGUAUCCCAGUAUGAGCGUCUUGGCGUCACUGGUGCAAGUCGUAGCGGCUGCGGUCCUGACGCUGACCCCUGGUCAGUGUUCCCACUCAGGCACUACCAACAGCACCUCUAAAGUAAUCCUGUUUCAGGAGGUGUGGGGACGGAGCUUCUGCCGCACCAUCGAGACACUGGUGGAUGUAGUGCAGGAGUAUCCUGGGGAGGUAGAGCACAUGUACAGCCCUUCCUGCGUUCCAUUGGUCCGUUGUGCUGGUUGCUGUGGAGACGAGAACCUUGAGUGCCACCCCACGCUAACCUCUAACGUCACUAUGCAAUUAUUAAAGCUGAAGCCAGCAGAGCAGGGACAGGAGUAUGUGGAGAUGACGUUUGUGGAGCAUAAAAGCUGUGAAUGUAGACUAAGAAAGCAUACACCAAAACAUGACAGGUCAAAGCCAAGAGGAAGGGGGAGAAAAAGAAAGGAGAAACAGCGAGUAAAAGACUGUGAUAGGUGCCAGCCUCCUCGAAGGUAAACGCAGUCCUUUCCUUCUCUCUGCCCAUCCUGUACUGCCUGCCCCUUCAGUGUACUGCCAGCCUCUUACAGCAUCCUGCGUCACCUCAAGCACCAGAUCCAAGAUGCACCAUUGUCAUGAUGAUGGGGAGAUCACCGGGGACAUUUCAUACACAAGAAGUGCCUUUUGUGAGGUGAUACCCUCAGACGUUCAUCUCACAAAACUCCUGAGGAGCAUAACAGUGGUGGGCCAGACCUAGUGUCUGAGCUAGAACAUGAGCCCACAGGACACUGGCUAUAUAAAGUAAAAAUUAUUAUUAUAAUUAUUGUUGUUAUUAUUAUUAUUAUUAUUAUUAUUAUUAUUAUUAUUAUUAUUAUUAUUAUUAUGCACACUAUCUGACAUCACAUCAUUUUAUUUAUUGCUUGCAAACCAGAAGAGAGUGCAUGUUUGGUUGUUUUUGACUGAAUACUCUGCUGAAAUUUGGCAUGAGUACAAAUUGGGUUUGUUUUUUUUUAAAGAUAAAACUUUAAUCGCCAAAGACAGUUGGUUUUGCCAGAAAACCAACAAUCAUCAUUUCUCAUGUUUCCUUCAGCCGAGAUAAGCAAUAAGCUUCUUUACUCUUGUAUUAAAGAGUUCUCAGAGUAAAUGUGAUUACAUAUGCAAUAACUGAAAGCUGAUAGUUAUGCAAGAAUUUAAAGCUGGGACAAAGACCAAGAAACUCCUCCCUCCUUGCUAAUAUAUUCCCUUUUUACACACAGUAGUGUGUGUGAAGAGUUUUCAGUCCCUGUCUCCUCCUUGUUCCCUAUGAGCCCUCCACGCUUGUAUUGUUAGUGGACUGUCUGUUGGUUUAGCAUUCUAGCUGUAGAGCAUCUCUGAGUUUUGUCUUUUCUUACAAACAUUCAGGCCACAAAACAAAUUCUCAAGCUUGAACACGUCUACAUGGACAAUUGUGCACAUGGACUGCGUUCGAGCUCAAAGUGACUUCUUAUAUGGUUCGUACAUUGACGUAGUGACCUCUACUGGUAUCAAGAAAGCAAUUCAAUAUAUUGUCAUUUUUUACACAUAAACAAACCGUGUUUGUUUAUGGUUUAAAUAAUGAGAGAUCAUGGACGUGUCGUUGAAUUUAAGAGUGUAUUUGAUUUUGCAAUAGGAGAGACGAGUGUAAAUGAACAUAAAUUGAAGUUUGAAAUAAAAGUAUAUUAUUUUUCUCUAUUAAAAUGGUUCAAAAAAGGAAUGGGUUCAGGUCAGCAACAUGAUGAGACUCAACCCCCCCAAAAAUAAUAAUAAUAGUAUUAACAAUAAUAGUAAUAAUAAAUCAAAAAACAACACCUGCUGCUAAUACUACCUGGCCUUUAGAAACAAAAGUGACAAUAUCAGUUAACAGUGACUAAUAGUCAUUUAUGAAUUUAGUAUUGUGUAAAUUCUUUCAUUUCCCAGAUUUUAUUAGCACAUCACCAGAUAUAGGAUUGUAUUGUACUUACACUGGCAGCAUUUUCGUUGUGUUGCUGAGUGUGAACAGAAGAGCAAUUGUUUUCAUUUUUAUUGCCAUCAUGGGUCAAGAGUUUUAAAGUUAUGUUCAUUUUCAUGUAUAUUGUACAUAUUUAUAUAUGAUAUUGAUAAUGUAUUGCUAUCGUGCCAUUGCAAAUAAAGAGAUACGUUAUCUAAA